AGAAACUGCAGAGUCAUGUGAAACUGACCAACUCGGAUUAAAAAUGCUGCCUGCUAAGAGCAGUGCUGGGGCUUUGCCUAACUGAUCAAGAAGGAAAUUUUGCUCCCCAGCAAGAGAAAGUUCAGUAUCCAGAUUAAGCAGCUUUAUAGACCCCGUCUGACCAUCUCCGUCAACCAUCGGAGGUGAGAAGGAGGCUGGAGGAGCUUUGUCAAGACAACAGGCGGAAGAGGCGGCUGCAUUUCAGUGCUGGAUGAUCAUCUAGUCUGCGAUACACUAUGUCCGAAGAACAGACUAAAGCGCUCACGCCGGAAAAAGCGGGACGUCCAGAACUGGGCGAAGUGGAGGGGAUUCUGCUCUCCCAGGCCACCUGUAAUGAAUGGCAGCGGAUCCAGAGUUUCCAAGCCAGGCCCGACGAUCUGCUCAUCUGCACCUACCCCAAAGCAGGCACAACGUGGAUCCAGGAGAUAGUAGACAUGAUCCAGCAGGAUGGGGACUUGGAGAAGUGCAAGCGUGCCCCCAUCCACCACCGGCACCCCUUCAUCGAGUGGGCUCGUCCGCCCCAACCCUCAGGUGUGGAACAGGCUGAAGCCAUGCCCUCGCCACGGACCCUGAAAACCCACCUCCCCGUCAAACUGCUGCCUCCAUCCUUUUGGGAACAGCCGUGUAAGUUCCUGUACGUGGCUCGUAAUGCCAAGGACUGCAUGGUCUCCUACUACCACUUCCAGAGAAUGAGCAAGGUGGUGCCUGACCCGGGCCCCUGGCACGAGUACUUUGAGAUGUUCAUGGCGGGCAAAGUGGGCUGGGGUCCGUGGCAUGACCACGUGAAGGGCUGGUGGAAGGUAAAGGACAUGCACUGCGUGCUCUUCCUCUUCUACGAGGACAUGAAGAAGGACCUGAAGCGUGAGAUCCAGAAGGUGGCCCAGUUCCUGGGGAAGAACCUGGACCAGGAGCUUCUGGAGAAGAUCGUCUAUCACACGACAUUCGACGUCAUGAAGGACAAUCCCCUGGCUAACCGCUCCGGCAUCCCCGUGUCCAUCAUGGACCAGUCCAUCUCCCCGUUCAUGCGCAAAGGGACUGUUGGGGACUGGAAGAACCACUUCACUGUGGCACAGAAUGAGCGCUUUGACGACGACUAUGAGGAGAAGAUGGCUGGGACCAAUCUGACCUUCUGCAUGGAGCUCUGAGGCCCCGGCCUCUGAGCCUGGCAGGAUCCACCCAGCCUGCCACAGCCACCCCUGUAGGCCUCUGAAUCUCUACCAGUCUUUUCCAAGGGGACAGACCUUCUGCCAUGGACCACUCCCAGGCUCAGCCAAACCCCAGGGCUUUUCUGUGGGGCAGCGGUGUGGGUUCUUCCACUGUAUAACCCUGCCCUCUCUGUCCCAUUUUCUCAUCUUCUUCCCUCCUCCUGACCCACCAUGGCCCAUCUUUACAACUGGCUGGAAAAUGGGAGCUAUUUCCUCCCAUGGAAAAUCCUUUUUUUUUUUUUUUUUGGCAAAAGCCUGAAUUCCACCAAAUUUUAAUUUAGAAAUGCUUCCUUAUGGGAGUUGUUGUUGUUUGGGUGCCUCAUGCUCCCAUUCUCCUAUAUGCAUCAGACUUCCUGGCUGGACUACGUCUCCCAUGACAGACCAUAGUCUUCCCCUCUUCUUGAGUGCAUCCUGGGACUCUGGGCCAUGGUGCAUCAUGGGAUAUGUAGUCGGGUUAGGUAGCCUGAGAGUCCAGAUUCCUGGGUUCUAUCCCUAAGUCUGGGAGGGGAGUGGGGUCUAGUGAGUUAGUGUAGUGGGCUGGGAGUCAGGACACCUGGGGUCUAGCCUCAGCUCUUCCCCCAACUCACUGUUUGACCUUAGAUAAGCCACUUUCCCUAACUGUGAUCCCCAUUGGAAAGAGGGGAAAUUAAAUCACUAUAUUCUCUAUUGCAUGUCUCUAAAGCUAGGUGAUGUGUGCAAGGGGGCAUGCAGGAUCACACGCCGCUGCCCCCCACCUCCCCCGAUUUGCUGCUUGCCUUGUACUGAGCAUGCUCAGUAACGCUGCUGAAGCCAGCUAUAAUCCCUCACCCACUGUUGCUCACCCACUGUCAUCUCUGCUCUAAAUCCCCUUUUAGGUAAUCGCAGUCGCCGGGGUCGAAGGAGUAACAUCAAUGUACUUCUCAGUUAAUUCCUGAAACAACUAUUACUUCCCCUGUGGGUUCUGACGCAGCUGGGCUGGGGAAACGGGGCCUGAUUUCUCCUCACCACUGAACCGUGCAGAACAAAGUGAUUGCUUUUUUUAAAACUGUCGCUUGCCCUUUCAUUAACCUCAGUUGACUGUAAUGGACCAGGAGCUGGGAAUGCAGUUAAGGGUGAUCUGCUUUCUUAGGGUACAGAAAGAGAACUCUGUCAUUGGGGUUUCUAACCCUACAGCCAGCUGACAUCUUUUAAAAACCUCUUUUAGAAUUGAUAAAGCAUUUUUUUAUCUCCAGAAUUCUUUUUGAUGAUCAGGUGUUGAGAUUAAUUUGUUGAUUUGACUUUGAUUUGGCAGUUGUAAUUAACGCUGCCCCCCCCCCGCAAAAAAAUCUUGACAGAAGAGUUUUCCAUCAAUGGUGUGUUGAUCCAAAUUGAAAGGUUUUGUUCUCAGCUAAGCUUUUGAUGGAAAAAAAUCUCAACACAAUUCUGAAUCAAAAUGGAGCAUUUCGACUUGCUUGUUUCGUAUCACCUUAUAUUUAUUAGUUGUUGUACUAACUUUAUCAUUGAGUUAUCAAAACAUUCUGAUCAGGUUGUGUGCAGGCUUCUGAAUCAAAAAUGUCUUUUUGAAAUUUCCUUUCCAGAAAAGCUGUAACUGCUUAUCUGGAUCGGCAACAAAAUUCAGUGUCAAGAUGUUGGACCUUCCCACGGGAAAUCCUGUUUUCCAGCCAGCUCCAGUUGUAUUGCUUUUAUUUGUAGUUUGAUUUUACGUUAGUAAUAAUAGCUUAACUUUGGUAGGAGGGGGUUCAAGUGGCUUUAAUAAAAUUUAUAAAAAGGUAGCAAGUCACGCUUCUUCCAGUAAGCGAUUUGGGUCCAGAAUCCUUGAAGGUCUGGGUGAAUAUCAUCUGAUCAACCUAAAAACCUGACCCUCUCCUCUCAAUUAGUCUCUAUGUCUCACACAAGACAAGUAACUGAUAAUGAGUGGACUGCAAAGCAUAGCCUAGUGGUGACAAUAAGUGAUCUGAGUGCAAGUGAUUUAUUUUUUUGCUAUCAAGUGUGAAAAUAAUAAAAUAUGA